UUUUGUGGCCUGGUUGAAGCGGGAGAAGCGGGGAGGGGAUGUGAGGAAUGUCUCUUCGCAGUUUCAGCCCUCCUGGCGCUUCUUUUCUCCUCAGAGCUGCUGUGAGAAAUGUCUCAGAGGAAGCGCAGUAAAGGGUCGGGUUUGUCUCAGGGCGGUGAUGGGGAUGAGGAUUUUAUGCCAACGCACAGCCAGGUGCAGAGGAACCUGGAGAGGCGCUCCCAGGAUCAAGUGAAUCAGAAGGUGAGCGAACUGGUUCAGUUCUUGCUUGUGAAAGACCAGAAAAAAAUCCCCAUCAAGAGAGCAGAUAUGCUGAAGAAAGUCAUCCGGGAAUACAAAGAUGUCUACUCAGAGAUUGUCAACCGGGCAGGCAAGACCCUGCAGCAGGUAUUUGGGUUGCAGCUGGUGGAGAUUGACACCAAACACCAUAUCUACAUCCUCACUAGUGACCUGCCCCGCGCCGAGGGGGAGAACCUGCACCGGGACAACCAGACAGCAAAGCUAGGGCUCCUCCUCAUCAUCCUCAGCUUCAUAUUCAUGAAGGGCAACACGGCCAAAGAUGGUGCUGUCUGGGAAUUUCUCCGCCGGCUCCGGGUGCAACCAGGGGAACGACACGAGGUCUUCGGCGACGUCAAGAAGUUGGUGACGGAGGAGUUUGUGCGGCAAAAGUGAGUCUGGGGGUCCAUUUUUCCAGA